CGCCCGCCCCGCCGCCGCCCGCCCCCCUCCCCAUGCAGCGCCGCGACGACCCCGCCGCCCGCCUGGGCCGGGGGCCGGGCCCCGGCGGCGCCCGGCAAGGAGCUCCCCCGCCUCGGCGGCCGCCCCGUGGCGGGGGGGGCCGCGGGGCCGCCACCGGGGCGCAGCCGCCGCCGCUCCUGCCGCCCAGCGCCACGGCCGCCGCCUCGGCCGCUCAGGCCCCCGCCGCCGCCCCCACCCCGCUGCUGCCCGGGGCCGCUGUCAAGAUGGAGCCCGAGAACAAGUACCUGCCCGAGCUGAUGGCCGAGAAGGACAGCCUCGACCCGUCCUUCACGCACGCCAUGCAGCUCCUCACAGCAGAAAUUGAAAAAAUUCAGAAGGGUGAAACAACAAAGAAGGAUGAGGAAGAGAACUACCUGGAUUUAUUUUCCCACAAGAAUAUGAAACUGAAAGAACGAGUUCUGAUACCUGUCAAACAGUACCCCAAGUUCAACUUUGUUGGAAAGAUUCUGGGACCUCAAGGCAACACCAUCAAGAGACUUCAGGAAGAAACUGGUGCUAAGAUAUCUGUGCUUGGGAAGGGUUCAAUGCGAGAUAAAGCAAAGGAGGAAGAACUGCGUAAAGGGGGAGAUCCUAAAUAUGCUCAUCUAAAUAUGGAUUUGCAUGUCUUCAUUGAAGUUUUUGGACCCCCCUGUGAAGCGUAUGCUCUGAUGGCUCACGCCAUGGAAGAAGUCAAGAAGUUCCUUGUUCCAGAUAUGAUGGAUGAUAUCUGUCAGGAGCAAUUCUUGGAGCUCUCCUAUCUGAACGGUGUACCGGAGCCAACUCGUGGCCGAGGAGUCCCUGUGCGGGGAAGGGGAGCAGCUCCACCACCGCCUCCACCGGUUCCAAGGGGGCGUGGUGUUGGUCCUCCCCCUCCUCCUCCUCCUCCUCGGGGGGCCCUUGUGCGAGGAGCCCCGGUGCGGGGUGCCAUUGCCAGGGGAGCUGCUGUAGCCCGUGGAGUACCUCCUCCCCCAGCAGUACGGGGUGCUCCUGCACCCAGAGCACGUGCAGCCGGCAUUCAGAGAAUACCGCUUCCUCCUCCUCCCGCGCCAGAAACCUAUGAGGAAUAUGGCUAUGAUGAUGCAUAUGCAGACCAGAGCUAUGAGGGGUAUGAAGGCUACUACAGCCAGGGCCAAGGGGACACAGAAUACUAUGAUUAUGGACACGGGGAGGCACAGGAAACCUAUGAAGCUUAUGGGCAAGAUGACUGGAACGGAACCAGGCCCUCCCUGAAGGCCCCGCCGGCCAGGCCAGUGAAGGGGGCCUACAGAGAGCACCCAUACGGACGUUAUUAAAAAACAAACAUGAGGGAAAAAUAUCAGUUAUGAGCAAACAGUUGUUACUGAUUCUUGUAUCUCCCGGGAUUCCCGUUGCUUUACCCACACCAGACAAGUAAUUGUCUAACUGUUUUUCUUCGUGGCCCUUUUUCUCCCACUCCAUCCUCACCCUGCAUUCUGGCUUCUGUACGUAGUAUUUUAAAAUGAGUUAAAUAGAUUUAGAGGACCGACUUUAAUUUUUUUUUUUUAAGUGUGUAGAUGGCUUUUCUUUCUUUGUUGUUUAGAUAAACACAACUGUACCUUUUUUAAUAAAAAAAAAAGUUGAGUUAAAAAUGUUAGUUUCAAAAGUGACAUGCUUUGCUUAGCAGUUAUGAAAUUAAGGUUUUGUUAACCUUUCAAGUUUGGUUUUAAGGAACCCAUAAAAGUUGUAGUUGCAGAAUCCCAAAGUAGGCUACAUUUCAAAAUUCAGGGCUGUUUUUAAGAAUUAAAAUCAUAAUGUAACGGUAGUAGCUGCCACCGUUUAAAAGUAACCUCAGAUGUCAAACUUUCCUUAAAAGCAGAUUGCUGGUGAAUCUUAAGUUUAAAUUUUAAUACGAAGGAUCCUCAAACAAAUUAAAUAGCAUUUUUUAAAGGUAAUUGACUUAAAAGAAAAAAAAUUAGGUUUGUAAAAUUGACUUUUCUUAUGUGGGUUUUGAAAUCUAGCCCCGAACAUGCGGUGUUGAGAGAUGCUUGGGAAGCAGAUUUUCCAGUGUAAAGGGGUUCUUAGUUUGGUUCUAUAUGAAGAACUUUUAAGGGAAAAACAAAUUAAAGCAUGGCUCUAAUUGCCCAGUGUUUGAUAUUAGAAAACAGAGUGUUACGUGAGUAGGUCUGAACUCUGUAAAAUUACAGUCUUCUCAUUUUUAUAGUGCUUGGGGCAGAUAAUACAGUGCAAGUUUAAAACUGACAGAAUUGUCAAUAUUAGCAAUCCCAUUGACUUGUUCAAGUGUAUCUCAACACUAGCUUUGCAUAAAAAGGGACACUGCAGCUGAAAAAAUGAGGAAAAAUUUCACUUUGUACAUAGGAUAAAGUCCUAAUUGGAUUUGUACACUGUCCUCCCACUCUGUUCUUGAAGAUUAAAUGCUACAUGUGUAAGUCUGCCUAAAUAGGUAGCUAAAACUUGUCAAAAUGUCUGCCGCAGUUUGUCAAUAAAGUUUAGUCCUUUUUUAAUCAAAGUAAAUGUGAUGAAUUGUCAUUUUUUUUGUUGAGCAAUAAAAUAGCUAUUUUUUUUCAAAUAAAU